GGGAACGUUCUAGUGUGUCGCGUCGCGUCCGCGCUGAUGCUCAUCUGAACUGCGGCAGCGUUCCUCCUACGCACAUCCCGGGAUGCAGGUUGCCAUGGUAACCCGCAUCACAUGCGCGGCUUUCCUUUAGCCAGCAGCAAAAAAGAUGCCACUUUUCAGAAUCCGAGCCAUUUUUACGCCUGAAAAUUAGAGGACGCGGUCGGACGGGGGUGAAAACUGGCGCAGAUGGCGGAAUAGCGAGGAAUCCGUCGCGUCGCGUUCUCUCUGACGCGUUUUUUCCGGAUCAUCGUUCUCAGCUGACGCGGCGAAAACAGGGCACCGCCGUCUCGGGGUUUUUUUCUACGCGCAAGAUCGGGCCGACGUUUGCGCAGAUUUUUCACGGGAGAGCCGAUCGUCAGGAAUGAGUAUAGAAAUUCCCGAGGGCUUGACGGAGCUUCUGCAGAGCUUUACCGUGGAGGUCCUGAGGAAUCAGCCGGCGGAUCUCCUGGAGUUCGCGCUUCAGUACUUCACGCGCCUCAAGGAGAACGAGACCCGCGGCGGCGCGUUUGGCAAUGAACACAACUCAGCCGGGCGACCGGGCAAAGCCGUCAACUUCAUCGAGGAGGCCAUGCAGAUCGAUUCUGAAAACGGGGAGGAAGAUGACGACGAUGAUGAAGAUUUCGUAGCUCCAGUUAUCAACAGAUUUGUCCGGCGAGCAUCUGUCUGCGCAGAGGCGUAUAACCCAGAUGAAGAUGAAGAAGACAAAGAACCAAGAGUCACUCACCCUAAAACAGAUGAGCAGAGACAAAGACUACAAGAGGCCUGCAAAGACAUCCUAUUGUUUAAAAACCUGGACCAGGAACAGAUGUCUCAAGUGCUGGAUGCCAUGUUUGAGAAAGUUGUGCAGACAGGUGAGCACAUCAUCGAUCAAGAUGACGACGGCGACAACUUUUACGUCAUUGAGAGGGGAAAGUUUGACAUUGUCGUAAAGGCGGAAGGCACUACACGGAUGGUGGGGUCUUAUGAUAACCGUGGGAGCUUUGGAGAGCUCGCCCUUAUGUACAACACACCGAGAGCGGCCACCAUCAUUGCUACCUCACCUGGAGCUCUGUGGUGCCUAGAUCGGUUAACGUUCAGGCGGAUCAUUGUCAAGAAUAACGCAAAGAAACGAAAAAUGUACGAGGCUUUCAUUGGUACUCUUCCACUCCUCACGUCGCUGGAGGUUUCAGAGAGAAUGAAGGUUGUUGAUGUCCUGUCGACCAAAGUGUACAACAGCGGGGAACAGAUCAUUGCUCAGGGUGAUUUGGCAGACUGUUUUUACAUCGUAGAGUCCGGACAUGUUAGGAUCACUAUGAAGAGAAGCAAGUCAAAAAAUGAUACAGAAGAUGAGGAACUGGAAAUCACUACGUGCUCUAGGGGGCAGUAUUUCGGAGAAUUGGCUCUUGUCACCAACAAGCCACGGGCAGCAUCUGCAUAUGCCGUGGACAGCGUUAAGUGCUUAGUAAUGGGCGUUCAGGCGUUCGAGAGAUUAUUAGGCCCCUGCAUGGACAUCAUGAAACGAAACAUUGCGAAUUACGAAGAGCAGCUGACGUCGCUCUUCAGGAGUCAAAUCGCAAUACAAGAGCCGAAUGCAUGAAAGCAGUUAAUCAAUAAACGCAGCAAACAAAAAAUGCAACAUGAAAUGAUGAGAAACCGGUAAGUAGGACUGAUAUCAUGUUAACGUACCCCAUAAGCUUGAAGUUCUUGUUUUGCAUUCACAGAUAUGAAACUCUGGUGUGUCAAUAAUCAUCAUUUUAGAUGUGAAAGCCACAUGUGUGAAGGUUUGCCUCCAGGACACAUGAGGUCUAUGGAGGUUUUCCAAUGGGACAGAUGUUUGGAAUUUGGAAUACUAUGUUUAUUGAAAUUUCACAUGAUUUUUAUCACGGUUGGUGUUUUGUUCACAUGUUACAGAGACACUGGCUACAUCUUUUACAGUGAAGUCCUCACAACGGUUUAAGACUUUGUUAUAAGCUAUGACACAAUAUGUUCAUGUGUCCACUCUUUAAAAGCUAUCCUCCUAAAUUCUCAUCUGCGGUUAGCAGUCGACAGGGUUUUCAGUGUUACAAUUUUAAUGUACGUAUGUUUGCCAUUUUUGAUAUUUUUAAAUUCAGCACUUGUAGUUUUGUGCUUCAGGUUUUGAAUCUUGAUGACAAGAUCUGUAACAAAAAAAAAGGUUAGCGAGUUAGGAUUGCUUCCUCCAAGACAACAUGCUGGAGUAUGAAGUCAACAUGAAAACACAUUAUUUCAAAUAUAAACAUUUGUCACAAUCUUUCAUUAAAAAAACCAAAUUUCCUUUGAAACGGUCAUGGAUAGCUCUUAGUUUUUUAACCCCUCCCUUUUAACCACCUGGCUGCUUUUUGGUAAUUCACACCACCCUUUCACAAGCAUAUAAAUAUUCCAAUGGAUACCAUGUAGGUUGUGACUGAAAUUGCUCCCUAUACCCUUAUUUAAUGCACUAUUUUAUAGUGGUGUCCGAAAUCAAAGUGGACUUUACCUAGUGCACUUAUUCAAUCCCAUAAUGCACUUCAAUAACGAGUGUUCAACUCAAUGGCUUUACGUUACACAUUGUGAAGUGAAAUCCCACGUCUCAACACAAGAUGGCACCUGCAGGGCUUCUGGAGCAAUCUGUGGCUCAAAGCCAGUGUCCAAAUUCACGCAUUUAAAGGUGACGUAAAAUGUAAAACUGUAUUUAUCUAGGCAUAGAUGAAUAAUUAGAGCUCUGUACAUGGUAAUGACAUAUUGUGAUGCUGAGUUCUGCUGAAGUUCUACUAUUGAUGUUACAGUUACGUUUUGCAGGUCCAUACUGAAAAAACACAAACUUACCCCUCAGAAAUGUUCAUUAACAAUCUCCAAACAAUUGAUUAUUCCUCAAAAUCUGUAUCUUUGUCUGAUACAGACUAAAACAUAAGAUCUGUUUACACACACACAGAGCUACUGAAGGAGAAACAGCCAAUCAGAGCAGAGCUCAACAUUAUUAUUCAUGACCCUUUCAAAUAAGGGUAAUUUUUGCACUUAAUAAAUCCACAUUUUACAAUGGAUUUUUGGCACUUUUAAGUGGACUUUUAGUGGACUAAUGUAGGAAACGGUGAAAGAUGGUAUAGUUGGCCAUUUUGGACACAUGCAGCCAUUGUUCUUCUCGCUCUUGAAAAUACUUUAUAUGUGAAUGAGCUUUCAUGUUGACUUUAUUGCUCAAGUUUUAUAACAUCUUCAUGUCAUUAUCAAUCAAAUUCCAAGCAAACUGUUUGAGAAUGAAAGACAUAGAAACGCACAGACUCAGAUAAGAGAAGUUCAUGCAGUUUGUAAUAUUAUUGCACUUUGAAGCUGAGAGUCUGAUUUAUAGCUGCAAACUUUAAAAUUAUUAUUUUUUUUUUUAGAAAAGCUCCUUAUACUGUUACAUAUAAAUAGUGAAUAUAGACAUUGUGUAUCUUUUAUCUUUUUUUUUAAAUGUUGUUGUAGCACAUUUUAAUGAUUUGGUAACAUCUCCACUGCUUAAUGCAUUUGUCAACGUUGAUAUUUUUUGUAUAACUGAACUAUUUCACAUUGAAUUAAGAAUAUGUAUCAUGCACAAAUACUACGUUCGCGUGUUUUCUAGAAGCCAAACUAAAAACGUUACGAAGGACGUUUGGUUUAUGUAAAGAAGACUGAGUUUUCAUUGUUUAAGUGUGCAUAUUUUUCAUUUGGUUUCUUUUUGGUUUUUGAUAGCUUUUGUAAUUUGCUAAUAUUCUUCUAAACACCUUCUUUAAAUUUUCAGUCCAUCCUUGUUGUUUGGAUGCCUGUGCAUUACUAUCAAUUUUUCAUUACUGUCUACCUCUGACAACUUAGUCAUCAUCAACUCUUCUGUUGUAGGCUACUAGAGAUCCCAACAGGUUUGUCGCUUGGUAACUUGCAGUAAGUCCCUAAUCCGAUUCUGUGUCGAUGUAACAUCGUACCAUUUCUGCCCUGUUUGCCCCAAACAGACUUUUUAUUUACAAGCAAUGUUUUUUAUUUUACAUUUCUGUGUAUUUUCUGCAGCCUUUAAGAUCUUUAAGUGGCUAAUGCUUUCAUGUCCUCAAAAAUUGAAUCAAAGGUCUACAGUCUCUCAAUGUAAGAGAGCUCAGUAUUCAACCGCCAGGUGUAUUUGACUUUCCAUUCAAAUAAAGAACAAUUUUGUAUUUA